AUCACGAUUUGUAACAAUGGGAGUCCAAAUCAUAACUGACCCAAAUGACCCAAUAUACGGAGAACCUAAUUACGUUCGGCAAAAAAGAAAAUACAGGGCCCACUAAAUUUAACUUUCAACCCGGUGACAAUGUGAAUUUUCCAAAAGUGGGUGAUGAAGUCACUAUCAACUAUACUGGAUACCUUAAAAAUCCGAAUUAUCCGAAACACGAUAACUUCAUUAAGAGUAUUGAUCAUUUCGAUUCUUCAAUUACCCGAAAUAAACCACUCUUUUGCAAAGUCGGGGUUGGUCAACUGAUUAGAGGUUGGGAUGAAGGUAUUCUUAGACUCAGUCUUGGACAAAAGGCUACACUUGCCGUCACUUCAGAUUACGGGUACGGUAGUUCUGGCUUUGGUGCAGUUAUCCCACCUAAUUCAGAUUUGAUAUUUGAUGUUGAACUUAUUGGAAUAAAUGACUUAUUUAUAAAUCCACCAUCAUCAACAUCAUCGGAGCAACAAAAGCAAUAAAUAGGAAGAUAUAUUUUAUUUUGUUUCUAAUCAAAUAAUUAUAAAGAUGGAUCCAUUUCUUAAAUAAAUAAAAAUAUCACUAUGAAUUUUAAUUUCAAUGAUGGAACAAAAGGUUAAUCUUUCUGGUAUUAACAAUUUAAAGUCUGAGUCUGAUUGAUCCUUUAAAGUCCAUUCUUUAAGAACAGUUUAUUGCAUCAAGUUUUAUCCCAAUUUUAACGU